GGGGCGGGCUGUUGAAUGACGGCCGUUGCUCUAUUUACACCGAGGAGAGCAAAGACAGCCUCCGGGACCUACACCGGCCUACAUAUUUUAUCAUUACAGCGUGGUACGGCGUCAGAUGAAAGAGGAGGAGCGCACCAAUCGUUUCUCUUAUCUUCGAGGAGGGGAGGGGUGGGGGGAUGUUGCGCGCGGACUGCGUGACGGGACGACACCGUGUCGAGAUUCAAGCGGACGUUUUCACAGGUUGAUGAGCUGUUGGGGAGCCAGCAAAAGUAGCCUACAUGAUUGUAGUCUAUAGGUUGCUUCAACCGACACGGGCUAACAUUUGAAGGAGGAAUAGGCGGCGCCUGCUAAUUCCUGGAAAAAUACAAAGCUCCAACCAGAAUGAGACAUUUACAGUUUUGCAGGUUGGGGUUUAUUCGCCGAAGUUGAAGCUCAGACUUUGGCUACAAGCAGCGUGAAGAAAGGGUUGUGUCAAUCAGCGAGGACCGUCUGUCACAUUUGUUGACAGAUAGCCAAUCACAUCUGAUAUUCAAAUCGGCGCUUAUGUCAGUGACCUAUAUCCCAUGCAUGUGCGCCGAAAGCCCUCAGUAACCUCUUCGCCAGACCAGACCAGACAGCAUGGGGAUCAACGGGUUAGACAACCAGGCGCAGCCGUCCAGCGGAGCGUCCCGGACGGAGGACACAACUGCGGAUGAUCAGACGGAGCAAAGAGUUGCUCCUCGAGAAGCAGACUGCAGGAAGGAUGACCAGGCGGCGGGCAGCGGGUGUAAGAUCGUGCAGGAGGACAGCUCCGUGCAGUUGCUAGAGGCCGGCUGCAAACCGCCCCUCUCCCCGGUUUGUGACUCCGAGUCGGUGGUCCGAGUGGAGGAGCCCGGCCACGGAGCCGCGUUCGUCCCACCCGAAGGAGGUUACGGCUGGCUGGUGGUUUUCGCGGCCACCUGGUGCAAUGGGUCGAUCUUCGGCAUUCAAAACUCUUUCGGCAUCCUUCACAUGAUGCUGAUGAAGGAGCACGCAGACCCAGACGACAAGACGUCUCAGUUCAAAGUGGCAUGGGUCGGGGCCCUGGCCAUGGGCAUGAUCUUCUUCUGUUCACCUGUGGUCAGCAUGUUCACAGACCGCUUCGGCUGUAGGAAGACAGCUGUCAGCGGGGCAGUGCUGGCUUUUAUAGGGCUGCUCGGUACAUCAUUUGCAAACUCCCUGAGCCUUCGCUAUUUCACAUAUGGCAUAUUGUUCGGCUGUGGCUGCUCCUUCGCCUUCCAGCCCUCAUUGGUCAUCCUCGGUCACUACUUCCGCCAGCGCCUGGGCCUGGCCAACGGCGUGGUGACGGCCGGUGCCAGCCUCUUCUCCAUGGGCCUCCCAGUUUUGCUCAACAAGGUGGGGGAACCUCUGGGCCUCAGCAGGACCUUUCAGAUUCUCAGCCUCUUCAUGUUGGUCCAGGCCCUGCUGGCGCUGCUGUUCAAACCUUUACUGCCUGCUGGAGGAGGCAUGGGACCCCCAGGUAUGGGUCCUGGCCCUGCCAAACCCCAAACCCAGCCAGGGGCCACCACCCAGGAGGGGAGCAGGUGGAGCAGGGUUCUGGGUGAGGUCAGGAAGUACUUCAACCUGCGUGUGUUCCACAUCUUGACAUACCGACUGUGGGCGUUUGGAGUUGCAACAGCUGUACUGGGAUACUUUGUGCCAUAUGUCCAUCUGAUUAAUUUUGUGAAGGAGCAGUUCAAGGGGACCCAGAAGGAAUGGGUACUAUUGGUAUGCAUAGGAGCAUCAUCUGGGGUGGGACGCCUCGCCUUUGGCAAAAUCGGAGACCUCAUUACCGGUGUUCAAAAGAUCUACAUGCAGGUGGUGUCCUUCAUGGCUCUGGGCCUGAUGUCCAUGAUGAUCCCUCAGUGCUUGGUGUUCGAGUGGCUGGUGGUUGUGUGCGUGUUCUUGGGGCUGUGUGAUGGCUGCUUCCUCACCAUGAUGGCUCCCAUAGCUUUCGAGCUGGUGGGGCCCAUGCAGGCAUCGCAGGCUAUAGGCUAUCUUCUUGGCCUUAUGUCUCUUCCCAUGACUGCGGGUCCACCCAUUGCUGGUCUCCUCCACGAUUACUUUGGGAACUACACAGUGGCCUUCUCCCUGGCUGGCGUGCCUCCUAUAGUGGGGGGCGUGGUGUUGUUCUUUGUGCCACUGAUACACCGCAGGCUCCAGGCAGCGGCAUCAUCGGAGGAGACGUCCACAACUGCCCACAUGCUGCCCACCCCAACACCAGCGGGGGAGCCCAAGAGCUGCUCCAAUGGAGACAUCCUGCCAGGCUACACUGACGUAGAGACACACAUCUGAGUCACACUGUACAAAGGGAUUCAGCCCACCAGCACCUUUUAUCAUCCUUAGAUUUCCCUCCUCUCAACCAUGGACUUCCGGUCAGCUGACGUUUCACCCUCUCAUCCUCCUGGACUCUCAUGGGCUGUUUGUUAUUUUCAUGUGGAGAGAAAUCGAAAAGGGCGCUCUGGCUACAAGACAGAGAGGACGGAAAGAAGGCACAUCAGCAAAGGAUGAUGGGAAUGUAUGAAGGAGGAUAAGCACAACACAGUCUCAACUAGGAUUGUUUAACCUGUGGAGACUCUGUAGUAUCAUAUACCCCCAAGAGGAAAGAAAUGAAGAGAUUUUAACUGACUGAUUUCAAAAUGUCAUAUCAUGCUGCUUUGGCUUUUUGAAGCUCUAAAAAAACACUAUGCUUUGUUUCUAAAUUCCAUAUAAACACACUGUUACGAUAACAGGCAUAUAAAAUAAGAAUUAGUGAGGUGAUAAAUUCACACUAUCUUUAUGUAGUUCCUCAUGCGUCUACUUUUUUUUUUAACACAAUACAUUUUAUUUCGUAAUCCAGUGUUAUUUAGUCCAGUGUAGCUGAACCACAAUUUGAUCUUGAGUGAUUUACUUUAUUCUAUUCCAGAAAACCAUACACCUGUUGUAAAUGUCACAGGAUGGACCAGACAACCACCUCAACUCAACCGCACACUGUAAUCACACCCAGGGCCCCAAAUACUUAAAAAAAAAAAACUACUCUACCAGCCUGCCUGCAUGGAACACAGUUGUGUGAUUGUGGCAUCUGUUGAUUCCCACUGAUUCAUAUGCCAUGAACCCUAGACUGUUAGAGUUUUUACACGGUUGGUCAAUGACUUUGCAGCUUGUGGCAGGUCAUCUUAUGCAAUCAGAAGAGGCAAGUCAUGAGAGCUGUGCAUCUGCUGCCUUAAUUCAUGAAACACUACAGGUGAUGCGAGGUCUUUUCACGUGUUUGUACAGCCUCAACUCUCACCCUUUAAUUAGGGUGCAAGAUAAAUCUGCAUUAACUGUAUUUCGUACAGCUUUGAAAAAUACAUCACAGAAGUUUUUUGUAGUGUGAACACUGUACAAGUGGAAAGAGUUGGAAUCAUGCAGUCACAGCUGUUAGAAGCAUCGGAUUUCUUUCAAAUUCCGUUUCGUAUUGUUUUAUUCUGAAUGUGUGUGUGUGCAUCUGCACUUAUAAUAGCAGAGGCAGUUACUAUGUUAUGAUCUGUUAAUAAGAGCGGGCUAUUGAGAUUAAAGCUGCCAAAUGGCCUGAGCCCUCAUUAGGCCAUCUCACAGAUAAGCCAAUUAAUUUGCUGCUUAAGUUUAGCUUUGUGUCAUGAGGCCGUCACUCACUGUGUUGGCAGUAAUAAAACAAAAGGUCACAGCCUCAUUGAGAUAUUCCCUCAAGAGGACAGUUUGCAGUUAUUAUGUUUCUUAAACUUUUGGACCACUUACCUCUGCACUCUUAGAUUACAAGUUCUCUUGAACCAUGAAUUUUAAUGAACAGAUGUGAAGUAGAGCUGCUGUUUGAGUUACAAUGUGGUUUUACGCAUAACUGAGUGGCAGAGAAGGGAAUUAGUGCACAGUAAGGAAGGAAGUGCCCCGGUGUUCAGAUGGUAGCCUGUUACUUUUUGUCAAUUCCCAGCUUUGCUGUCAAUGCCAGUACUUAGUCAGCUUUGGUGUGACGGCACUUUAGAGCCUAAAAGCUACACAAACCUCAUUGCUGAGUGUAGUUUUUGGGGGGUAAUGCUAUUGGACAAACAGUUCUGAAUAGGAAACAUACAUCUAUACCUCAGCAAUCAAACAAUCCUCAGCAAUCCAGAUGAACAAGUUCUUCAUUACUUUAUUAUUUCCCUCUUCUGUGUUGUGGUUUUUGUUGUUGGAAUUUAAUUCAGGUCUCAGAGUCACAAAGCCGCCCAAUGCCUGUUUUCAAUCACCAUUGCUUCCUCCAAAACCUCAUUAGUGUCUCUUUAGGAAGCACCAAACUGUGGAAAUGUCAAACUUCCAUUCCCCAUAAUCUAACCCAUUUAGAGAUUUAUCCUUCCAUUUUAUGUUGCCUUCAUAUCCACUUGCUCCUUUGUUCUUGAUCCUCACCAUUCUUGCUCUCUCUCACCUCUACCUCCACGGCAUUAGCUUGUCUUCAUCACAUCCUCAUUUCUCUGUCUGUGUUUGAAGAAAUGCAGUUAUAUCAAUGUCUAAUAUCCUUACCUUAAGUUAAAGAGACACUCAACCGUCAGCAGUGGAGAAUCAUAUAAUGGUUGAAACAUGUUUGAAAGCAAAAAUACAAAGGCCUGACUGAGGUAGUGUUACAUUUGAUUGGCAGUGCAAGUUGCAGCUGACGCUAGCAAACGAAAGCAAAAAGGAGAGGUACUUUUAAUAAGUACCGCUGCCUGAAAUGUCUUCAUACCAGAGAUGUAAGCUAACCAGCAUCAUGCAUCAUACAUCUUUUGGGUUUUAGGUUCAUCAGCCUCCUCACAAAUGCAAUCACAUUAACGUGAACAUGAAGCUCCUGAACACUGCUCAAUUUAAUCUUACAAAUAAGGACACCUUCUUACUGGCAAUUUUUUUUCUUGAAAUGUUGUAUUUAACCAAAUCAAUAUGCUCCUGCCUGAUAAAUUGUGAUUAACUAUGACAUUUAUUUAAUUUACUAAUUACAGUUUUGUAUUCUGAAGGUUGCGAGAGAUUCUCUUUAUAAAAUCUGAAAAUAACUCGAAACCCUAUUAGCUCUAAUCGGACAGCAUUCACCCACAAUACAUUAUAUAUUUCAAAAAAAUUAUUUUUUCAGAAAUAUAAUAGAGGUAACAUUUGAUGAAUCACUUCAUAUUUUAACUUGAAAUUCUGUUAC